AUGACUAGACUUCUACAACAUCUAGCAAUUACAAUUGGAUUUUUAUUUGCUGCUACUUCCGCAACAGUAGUCCCAGCAAACCCUCAAAACAUUGUUCCAGGGAGAUACAUUAUUGAGUUUGAAGAUGCCAGUGAACUGAUUAAACGUUCCUCGACUGGCAACCCAGCUGACGAAUUGGUUCAAGCUCUUAGCGCCAAUGGCAUGACUGCACAACCUCUCUACACAUACGACUCUCCAGAUUUGUUUGAAGGUGCAGCUCUGGCCAUUCGUGAAGCUCCUGGAUCAAACCCUAAAGAGACACUUGCACGGUUACGCCGACUCCCAGAUGUUAAGAAUGUGUGGCCUGUACGGACAGUUGAGUUGUUGAAUGAUGAUGGGUUUGCAAGCCCACUUGUGGACGAGCAAGUGUAUAACAAUAAUAAUAAUAAUAAUAAUAAUAAUAACAAACUGGUCCCUCGUAAUAACAAUGGAGGGUUUUCUAAUGACUCAAUUGUUGAGAUUAUCCCACCUGGAGAAAAAGAACGCCUGGAACCUUUCCCACGUUGGAACCCUCACUUACUCACUGGUGUAUCUGAGCUUCACAAACGUGGCAUCACAGGUAAGGGAGUCACUGUGGGAAUCAUUGACACUGGAACUUUUUACUAUGACGAGGCUCUUGGCGGUGGAUUUGGCAAUGGUUUUAAAGUUGCUGGUGGAUGGAACUUUGUGGGAGACUUGUAUGACCCAGCAUUCCAAGGAUUCAAUGUCACAGGCAAUGGGAACCCAUUAGACUGUAACGGCCAUGGAUCACAUGUUGCUGGAAUUAUUGGUGGCUCAAAUAAUACAAAGUUUAUAGGCGUUGCACCGGAUGCCACACUGCGCUCAUACAAGAUUUUCGGGUGCCGUGGCUCUGCAACCAGUGACAUUAUCCUCAAGGCCAUUUUGCGUGCAUAUGAAGAUGGAGUCGACAUUGUAUCUCUUUCGCUGGGAUCCAAUGGUGAUCCAUUCCAAAAUAAUCCUGAAGGACUGGUGCUUGAUCGCUUGGUAGAUCAGGGUGUGUUUGCUGCAGUUGCAGCUGGGAACUCUGGGUCCACAGGUCCCUUUUUCGGCAGCGCACUUGCCACAGGCCGUCACAUUACCACAGUUGGCUCUUCUACCACAAACCAGAUUGUAAGUUACCGUGCUCGUCUUGUAUCUUCUUCUCUUGAUUCUCUUGAGUUUACUUUUGUUUCUACUACUGGUGUACAGUUCAACGUCACUGGCACUUUUGACAUUAAAACUUUUAAUGAUAGCGCUUGUGUUCUCACCAAAAAUAAAACUCUUCCGGUAAACUCUCCCAACUCUCCCAAUGCUUUGUUCCUCCCUCAAAAAACAUGCCGCAACUAUGAUUGGUUUUACGCUGUCAAGGAUCUCGGGUAUCCUGUGGUUUUCAAUUACCUUGACAAGCCUACUGAUACUCUUACAUACACCAGUCCCGGUGGCUCCUUUUCCAACCCAAUUGGGCUCCGUGCAACUGCAGAAAACGCAGCAGGUGUUUGGAUCAAUCAACAACUUGCUCUCAACCACUCAGUUCGCAUAGUCCUUGAUGAAACUUCUCUUGUCCCCCGCCUAUUGCUCAAUCCUGCUGAGUUUUUCGGUACUCAGCUUUCCUCAUUCACCUCCUGGGGCCCAGACUUUGGUGGCAAUUUGUACCCUCAAGUAUCUGCUCCUGGAAGCAACAUUUUUUCAACUUAUCGCAAUUACAGCUACUCAAUUCUUUCUGGAACAAGCAUGUCAACUCCAUAUAUUUCCGGUGUGGCUGCACUUUAUUUACAAAGUGUCGGUGGCCGAGGAACUUCCAAGGCUUAUGGUCGUGAGAUUCGCAGCAGAAUGAUUCAAACUGCUUAUCCUUUGUUUUCACUAAUGGAGACUGCCUCUCCACGUGUUAUUGCUCCUCUCAUUCAGCAAGGAAGCGGUCUUGUUAAUGCAACUCGUCUUGUUGAUUCUAAAACCUUUAUCAUGUCUGAUCCUAUUCUCAAUAUGGGGGUUGUUUCCGAACAUGUUUAUCGAGACAAUCGUGUCACUAUUCGCAACGAAAACAAUUAUGCAGUAAUUUACAAUGUCACCCAUAUCCCCUCUACUACUAUUUAUGCAAAGAAUUUUGGUGGUGUUAUUUUCAACUAUUUCCCGCCCUUUAUCCAGCAAUAUGCAUCGGUCAAGCAGGACUAUAGUAUCUUUACCAUCCCACCAAACUCUAUCCGCACUAUAACGGUUUCUAUUACUAUCCCCAAUACUGUUUCUAACUUACUUUCUCCGAUUUACCAAGGCCGUAUUCAGAUUUCUGGCCAUAAUGGUGAUGUUGUUGCCCUCCCGUACACUGGCACUUUUGCAAGUAACUUUAGCAUUUGGGGCUCCCGUCCUCCUGUAAUUCUUGCCCAACGUAAUGCCCGCAGUGAUGUUGAGGUUGUCAAGGACAAGACCAUUCAAGUGACUGAUGAUGGUACUUCUGCUCUGUUUAUGAAUGCGUUGAUUGGUGCAAAGGCUGUGGAUGCAUUUUUGGUUGAAGAACACUUUAACAUUACAAACUUGACACUACCUGUUUUCCAAAUUUCUGAGCAGCCUGGAAUUGUAACUGAUUUUUCAAGUUUCCCUGCUACAAAUUUGGGCCGCUCAGCUAAUGGUCUUGUGUUCCCGUUCAAGUUCCCUGAUGGAGUUUCUAUUAACUCUGGUGUUUAUCGUGUAUUGUAUGCUGGGCUUCCAGGAAUUCCAGGCCACGACCCCAUUUUCACCACGACUAACGAAUGGGAAGUUUAUCUUUCUGACCCUAUUUACUACUACUCCAAACCUGCUCCUCUUUUUAAUAAUGGUACAAACUCGUCCCUUCCUACUAAUUCAAGCAGUUCUUCUCCGUCUUCUUCAAUUACGGUGACUAACAUUGAUGUUGGUAGUCUGAAUACCAAUGCCACUUUAGCCCUUAGUCCUUUUGAUUCAUUUGAAGUUACUAUCACUAUCAACUCUGAAAAGCCAUUGGUGUUAGGCGAUUCAUUCAAUGUUACUUUGCCUCACCAGUUUGCCACUUUUCCCAAGCCCUUUUCAGUCAAUAAUGAAGAAGGAACCCCUACUCUUAAUGUCACUUUUGUCAAUAACAUUUUGAUUGCUACUGUAAUUUAUCCUUGGAACCGUACCUUUAUUACAGGCUCUAUUUACUUUACAACUUCACUCAAAUACCCAGAGACAUAUGGCAAUGAACUGGUCCCCUUGACGUUUAAGACUAGUGAUGGUAUUGCUAUGGUAAAUGCUAUUGACUUGGCUCCUGUGGAUACAGAUUUCCCCUCUUCAAAUGCAUACACUUAUCCUGACCACAGUCUUAUUCAGGUUUACAUUCCUGCUUCUUUUGUUAAUUGGACAAGUCUUGGUAUUUCUUUUGGUGCCCGCUUUGAUUUUGAAUGCAGCCAGAUUCAUGUGAGCCAGACUAGCGGAAUCGGCGCACAAGCUAUUUAUGACUUGAACUACCACACUUUUGAAGCAGGAUGCUCUCCUUUAACUACAACUGCAGCAGAAGUCAAGUUGACUGCUCCUCCUACUUCUGGAAACUCGUUGCGCAUUGAUGUUCCACUUAAAACAAAGGGCGAUGUCCGCAAUUCCCCCGUGAAUGUCCGUAUCCGUGGUCUUGUCAGUGGCACAGAAUUUGAUUAUUAUACAACUAAUAAUUUGAAUAAUGUCAAUUUAAAUGGAAUUGGCCUUUCGCUUGUUGGAAAACUGAAUUAA